AUGUCGUCCUCAUCGCCCGCCAAAAUGGUUCGUUACGGAGCAUCCACCCUCGACAACGCAAAGAGCGCCCGCGCUCGCGGUUCCUACCUCCGUGUCUCCUUCAAGAACACCCGCGAGACCGCCCAGGCCAUCAACGGAUGGAAGCUCGAGCGCGCCCUCACCUACCUCGGUAACGUCCUGGAGCACAAGGAGGCCGUUCCCAUGAGGCGCUACGCCGGCAGCACUGGACGCACCGCCCAGGGCAAGGCUUUCGGUGUCUCCAAGGCCCGCUGGCCCGUCAAGUCCGCCGAGAUCCUUCUCGGUCUCCUCAAGAACGCUGAGGCCAACGCCGACACCAAAGGUCUCGACACCGCCAACUUGAUUGUCAAGCACAUCCAGGUCAACCAGGCCCCCAAGCAGCGAAGGCGCACUUACCGUGCUCACGGUCGUAUCAACCCCUACAUGUCCAACCCCUCCCACAUCGAGCUCAUCCUCACCGAGGGUGCCGAGGUUGUCCAGAAGUCCGCCCAGACCGUCGAGCGCCGAUUGAACUCCAGGCAGCGUGGCCGUGAGGUCCGCAAGGCCAUCACCGCUGCGUAAGCAGCUCCAGGAGAGGUGUUGAAGUUUAAGCGAAGACAAAAGGACAAGGCAUGGGCAGGGUCUGGGAGUCAAUGAGCGAUGAAUUAUAGGGUCUUUCAUACUCACUCAUCAUGUGUGCAUGAUUGGGAAUUCGAUUUCUCCGGUGUCUGGUCGAUAAACAAACAGGGCCACGGCCUGAUUCCCAAACUCAGCGCUUUCUCUGCAUGUGUACGCAACGUUGUCGUGCACCGCCAUUGCAUGCUCACGACCUUCCUAGCGCUUAAUGCAAUGUAUUAUGAACCUUC